AUGGACGGGGGCACUACUAGCAAGAGACGAGUAGGAGCCCCAGGAGAGGGGGAGAGCAGCGGCAAGAGGCAGAAUGCAACCAUGGGGAUGGACGCCCUCGACUGCCCCGUCUGCUUUCAUCCCCUCAGGCCUCCCAUAUAUCAGUGUUCUGUGGGGCAUUUCAUAUGCUCGUCUUGCCGUCCGAAGCUUGUGCGCAACAAGUGUCACUUGUGCUCUGCCGAAACUACCUUCAAGCGCUGUCUAGGGAUGGAACGUCUCAUGGAAUCAGUCACGGUCGCUUGCUCCAAUGCCAAUUAUGGAUGCGCCCAGAAGCUCACUUACUACCAGAAAGAAGAGCAUGAGAAGGAAUGCCCGAGCGCCCCAUGUUUCUGCCCGGCGUCCAGCUGCAGCUUUGCAGGGCCAACAGACGCCCUCCUUGAACAUUCCGCCUCCCAGCACAAGUGGCCGUGUACAACCAUCAAUUACUCCGAAGAUGUUGAGCUCUGCCUAGAACCAGGUCUACAUUUUCUUCGUACCAAAGACAGGGAAAUUUUCCUGCUCAACGUGGCACUAGAGCCAUACGGGCAUGCCAUCUCUGUCGUCUGCAUCCAACCUAAAGCUAUAAACUCCAAGUUCAAGUGUAGGAUGUCCUAUGGUUCCUUUUUAACCAACUAUUAUCAGAGAUCAGUUUACAAGAUACGAAGCUCAUCAUUGUCUGAUGGGCUACCGAAGGGAUACAACUUAAUUCUGCCCAAGGAUGAGAUAGCUGAUGAUGGAAAGGGUACCUUGCUUACGUUCUCCAUUGAUGAUCCUAAUCCUAAAGUAAAGGUGCGUGAGCCCAUAUGUCUGAAACCAGUACGCGGUGUAUGA